UCGCGACAGGAUGUUUACACCGGAAGUGCCGCGCAGGAACGAGCCGCCGGUCAGUCUCUGCUAAAUGUCCUCGCCGGUUCUUCCCGACAUGUCUCCUGCACGUGUUCUGUGACCGCGGCGCUGCGCAGGAUGUUGGUGGGAUACAGCAGCAGCUCAGAGGAGGAGAACCAGGCGGAGACCGGUCCCAGCAAAGAGGGAGAGGAAGAUGAUGGAGAGGGAGAUGAUGGAGAGGAGGGCUGCCCGGUGAGGAAGAAACCCAGAGCUGAACCACAGGUCACCAAAACCAGGCUGCCUCUCCCUGGUUCCCUGCUGUCCAUGUUCCCAGACGACGGGGAUCCGCAGACUGAGGACAGCUCGCUCCACGGUGGACGUAUCCGCUCUUUCAAGCACGAGAGAGGAAACUGGGCCACCUAUGUUUAUUUACCGUACCGUCCUGACGAGGAGUUUGUGGAGAUGCUGGAGGAGCUGUUCUCCGCUGCGAGCGCCCAUGGGGUGGAUUUGACCCAACAGGAGGAGUUCCACCUCAGCCUGUCUCAGACGGUGGUGCUGAGACACCACUGGAUCCAGCCCUUUACACAGAGCCUCCGGGCAGACCUGGCACACUGCAAAAGGUUCGUGUGCUCAGCGAGGAAACUGAAGGUCUAUUGUAACGCAGAGAGGACGAGGACGUUCUUGKGGAUGGAAGUGUGUUCUGGACAAGCUCAGUUGUUGGACUUGGUCCGAGUUGUGGACAGAACGAUGACAGAGUUUCGCCUGGACACUUUUUACAAGGAGCCGUCUUUCCACGUGAGUCUGGCCUGGUGUGUUGGAGACCUGAAGGGGAAGAUAGAGGAAUGUAUUCAGAAGCUGCAGUGUGUGGUUGAUGGACGUGAAGAAGGACCGUUUCACCUGAUGUUGGACGGCGUGGAGCUGCGCUGCAGGACUGGAAACAAAACCUUCCGCUUCCCCCUGGAGCCAUAAACCCAGACAAGACUGAAACCUCCUGUCGAAGGUCACUGGCCACACUGCAGAAGCAGGAGAGGGAUCUUCUAUCCUCAUUACAACACAUUUUAACCCCUUUAAUAACUGCAGAGACCAUCAUGGCUAAAUGGCCGAAAGAAUAAAUGUCAUUGUAAUUUUCUGCAUUAUUUUAGUACUCACUGUAAAUAAAGCUGCUUUUUAGUGUA